UAUCUCGAGGUGAUUCAAGUGUGUGGCCUUCAGGUCAAGCCUGCGAGGCGAGCGAGUAUUUUCGCUGAGCUGGGUUGUUGUUUACAUCCUGUAGCCGCUCUUCGUACGGCCGUCCCGUGCGCGAGGGGAGCGGCAAAAAUUUCUCGCGUCGAAUUUCGCCUGCACACUCAGUGACCCGACUUUGUUGCUGCGACUUCACUCCUGGUUCGCCCCCCCUAGUAUCGUACGAUCGUUGUGCAAGCACGGAACUCGGAACGCAGGGCUAUCAGAUAAGUCCACGAGGCACGAUGAAGGUAACAGUAACCACGCUCAGCGACGACAUUUUCGUCCUGGACGUGAUCGAGGACAUGGAGCUGGAGAGUUUCAAGGCUCUGUGCGAAAUCGAGAGCAACGUGCCAGUCCACGAGAUGGUGAUCGCUUUCAAUGGCCUGCCGUUGAUGAACGACAAGAAAUCGCUGAAGGAUCAUGGGAUUCGUGACGGUGACGUGGUGAUAUUGCAGCACAUGCAUCAGAGCGGGGCCGAGUUGAACCUUCACCCCUUAAACGGAGCUAUUCCCAUGUUGGACUUCAGUUCCAUCAGAGUGCCAGGAGCAUCCAACAGUCGACAAUCAGCCGCCUCCAGCAGCACUAUAGCCAGAAUGCAAAAUCCAAGAAAGGAAGACGAUCCGGAGAUCAUAAGGGAUAUGUUUUUAGCCAAUCCGGAUCAGUUAGCAUUGCUCAGCCAGAAUAAUCCUAAAUUGGCUAGUGCCUUACUUUCUGGAAAUCUGGAGAGAUUUACUACUGUGCUCAGGGAGCAAAUAAAACUGAGAGAAGAGCGCGAGGCACAGAGACUGAGAAUGAUGAAUGCAGAUCCAUUCGACACGGAAGCACAGAGGUUUAUCGCGGAGGAUAUCAGGCAGAAAAACAUAGAGGCAAACAUGGAAGCUGCAAUGGAAUAUAAUCCAGAAACAUUUGGAUCAGUUGUUAUGUUGUAUGUUAAUUGUAAAGUCAAUGGAUUCCCAGUUAAAGCAUUUAUUGAUACAGGUGCACAGUCGACUAUAAUGUCCGACGCCUGUGCUGAACGAUGCCACAUAAUGCGAUUAGUGGACACAAGGUGGGCUGGUAUAGCCCAUGGUGUUGGAACCCAGCGCAUCAUUGGUCGUAUUCACAUGGUACAAAUUCAAAUUGGAAACGACCAUUUAACAACAUCGUUCACCGUCCUUGCAGAGCAAAGCAUGGACAUGUUACUAGGACUGGAUAUGCUAAAGAGGCAUCAAUGUUGCAUAGAUUUAAAGAAAAACGUGCUGCAAAUCGGCACCACUGGCGCUGAAACGCCAUUUUUAGCAGAAGGGGAACUACCAGAGUGGCUGAGGUUAAGCGGUUACAGCGAUGCGAGUAUUUACGAUGUGGAAGAAGAUAAGGAUGAUAAGAAAGGAGAACCUCAGAGAGCGUUGGAGGAUGGUUCCAGAGACGCGAAGAAGCAACGUCGUCAGCAGGAUGGCCAAGAAAGCAAUAGUUCGAGCGGGACAUCGAGUAGACUAGGCCCCAUAGAGACUACAGUCUUCUCCCACGAUCCAUUCACAGAGGAAACAGUGAAGGAGAUCGAGUCUCUGGGAUUUAGCAGAAUACAAGUUAUUGCGGAAUUACGUAGAUUUAACGGGGACAAAACUCAAGCCACUGAUGCAUUAUUCACUAAAUCUUUAAGACUUUAAACUGACAGCAGGAGGGAAAAAGAAAUUAACGAAAGUUUCCGUGUGUGCGCAGUAAAGAUAAGGAAACGAAAGAUUUGUACGAUUCUUGGUAGCGAUUUUUCAUAUCGAUUGUUGUAAAAAUCUGAAAACUACAGAAUCGAAACUCAGCUCAGGCAAGCUACUCUCGUUGCUCGACAAUUAGCAUGAAAUCGUGUUUCAAAUUUUACUUUGUCGAGCAGCUAUUAUAUAUAUAUAGACGCCGUGUUUCAUUCAAGUAGCAUAUGGCUACUUCGUAGAGUUAUAUCUUCUCCGAUUUUGUUUUUUUUUUUUUUUUCUUUUUUUUCCUGAUAGAUACAUGGAAUCGAAUCUGUCGAGUUUUAAGUGGAUGUCAACAUGCUCUGAUAACCUAAUCUAUUACUACCGCAAUACAUGAAUUUAGGAAUAAAUAUAAGAUGGAUUAAGAACCAAGUUUCUGAGUUAGUGGUGCAGCUUAUUGUCUUUCAUAAAGGUUAUCUACACAUGAAAGUUGUGUCACAUCUGUAGAUGUUCCACAAAACUUUUUUACUAGAUUAGAUAUCCAUGAGAAUAAUCUUUUAAUUGAAGAGAUAUAUUGCACGAUUUCACGGACAUUUCGAGCUUCGCGACCAAAAAUCAGCUUGCGAUACCUCCUUUGCGCGAAUAUAUUAGUUCCUCCUCUGUAACUGUAUGAUUUUUAAAAGCAAAAAAAAAAAAAAAAAAAAAAAGAAAA